GAAAUUGCUCGCUGUUUGCGAAAAUCGCAAUUCCUCUUUCCAUUUUUUUCUCAGACAUUUAUGCGGUCUUUUUUAGUGUAUGAGUUUUUUGCUCAAGAUUUUUCUUUCUGGCAUUUUACUCCAUUUACCUGCAUCUUUAUUUUUUCCCAGAAUUUGAAUAAUUCUCCACUGAACACUCCCAAAAACGUCGGCUAGUAUGGUCAAGAGGGAGUUGGAAUUUAUGUACUUUACACAGAGAUGCAUAUGCAUCAAAGGAAUGUGUUCUCUAAGUUUUCAGAAGCAUGAUGUCAACUGAAUUAGUGUGACCAUGAAUGGAAACAAUACACCAACCGAUAACGUUGUCAGUGAAUUGUUAGAAAUGGGAUUUGAAUUUCCCAUUGCCCUAGCAGCUAUAGAAGCUGUGGGCCCAUCCCUCUAUGAUGCGGUGGACUUCAUUUUGACUGGUUCUUGCAAUGUAAAGUUCGAGCCAAGUUCAACUCAAGAGCACCUGAACAAUGCAUAUGGUACUUCAUCUAGAGAAGCUUGCACUUCCAAGAAUAUGCAGAGAUCAUUUGAUUCUAAGGAUCAUAUGAAGCAGGCUUUGAUCACAGAUCAUCUGAGUUCAUCAGUUAAACUUGAAAAAUCUGAACCUUUAGGUAGUUCUGAUACUUUAGCGGGUGGGUUCAAUAUAGCAAAGUCCAAGUGUGGACCUCUACAUAAGCCUGAUAUGGUACAAUCCUCUUCUAUAGAUUACAGAAAAAUGCUCUCAGUUGAAUCAUCUGCAAAUGAUAUGACUCUCAAUGAGCUUCCUACCGAGGAUCUAUGUUCUCUAAAGAAUGAUAACUCGAGUUUUCAUUCUACUCAUUGGUCACAAGGUCAAGGCAUCGAUUCAAAAUGGGAAACGAAAGUUAAUUUUCUUCUGAAAAACUAUUUUGGAAUUUCAUCCCUCAAAAGUUUCCAAAAGGAGGCCUUGGAAGCAUGGUUAGCCCAUCGAGACUGUCUUGUUCUUGCUGCGACGGGAUCUGGAAAAUCACUUUGCUUUCAAAUUCCCGCAUUAUUGACUGGGAAAGUUGUUGUAGUAGUUUCACCGCUUAUUAGUUUGAUGCACGAUCAGUGUUUAAAGUUAUCCAAACAAGGUGUGUCAGCUUGCUUCUUGGGAUCUGGGCAGCCUGACAAUUCUGUAGAAGAUAAAGCUCUGAAUGGAAAGUAUAACAUAGUCUACAUUUGCCCAGAGACAAUUUUAAGACUAAUCGCGCCACUUCGGAAACUAGCAGAAACUCGUGGAAUUGCACUUUUUGCUGUCGAUGAAGCGCAUUGUGUCUCCAAAUGGGGCCAUGAUUUUCGGCCUGACUACAGGCGGUUAUCUGUUUUGAGAAAAAAUUUCAGAACCAGUAGUAUAAGAUCGUUAGAGCAUGAUAUCCCUGUGAUGGCACUGACUGCUACUGCUACACAUCACGCACGAGAAGACAUCAUAAAAUCCUUGCACAUGUCAAAGGAAACAAAGAUUGUGAUCACUUCAUUCUUUCGUCCCAAUCUUCGUUUUUCAGUGUGCCAUAGUAGAACGUCAUCUGUAUCAUCUUAUCAGAGGGAUUUCAAAGAAUUGAUAGCUACAUAUAGUAGAAGCAGGAUAGCGGAUGCUGACAGUAAAAGGAAAUCAAUUGCUGAUACAUCUGAUGGAGAUGAGAGCUCUGAAGAUGACGUUUAUGAUUCAAAUGAUGAAGCAAGCUCAGAUAAAGAUAAUAUUGAUGAUGGUAUAGAGGACAAUGAAUUGUCAGUUGAUUUCUUGGAGGAUGAACUAGACCUGCAGCAAAAUGUGGAUGAUAUUGAUGUUACCUGUGGCGAGUUCAAUGCGGAUCAUCCUGUCAAAGACCAGGCUUUGUACAAUCCAGAUGAGGUAAUAUCUGAUCCUGUUGAACCAGUGGAGAAAUUUAGAGUUACACAAGAAUCUCUAGGAGAAGGUACUACUAUUAUAUAUGUACCUACCAGAAAGGAGACAGUAAGAUUAUCUGGGCACCUUUGUAAGUGCGGUAUCAGAUCUGCAGCUUAUCAUGCAAAGCUACCAAAAAGGCAUUUGAGGAGUGUCCAUGAAGAGUUCCAUCGAAACAAUCUAGAGGUGGUUGUUGCAACAAUAGCUUUUGGAAUGGGCAUUGACAAGUCAAAUGUUCGUAGAAUCAUUCACUAUGGCUGGCCACAGAGUUUGGAAGCAUACUACCAAGAAGCAGGUCGAGCUGGAAGAGAUGGAAAGUUAGCUGAAUGCACUCUAUAUGCUGAUCUUUCAAGAGUUCCAACACUUCUACCUAGUAAAAGAGAUGCAGAACAGGCAAAAAAUGCAGUAUUGAUGCUGUCUGAUUGCUUCAGGUAUGCUUCGGAAGUUGUUGCUCUUGGUGGUUUCUUUUUCUUUUAUGUUUACUAUUGUUCUCCUUUCAUGGAUAUGGAAAAUAUGAUAUCCAUGAGAGGUUGCAGAUAUGGGAUGGCUACAUCAUGCUGUCGAGCUAAAACACUUGUAAAGUACUUUGGAGAAGAACUUAUCAGUGGCCAGUGCUUCUUGUGUGACGUAUGUGUCUCUGGACCUCCCAAAUUGGAGAAUCUUAAGGAUGCGGCUGCCAUUUUUUUGCAGGUUGCUGCAGCUCAGUAUGGAUUAAUCGAAAUCACCAAAUGUAGCUAUUCAGAUGCAAUUUACAGUCAAACUGCAAGACAGAAAUAUUUGGAGAGGCCAAAUUUCAAUAUGCUCAUGGACAAAAUAUGGGAACGGGCCAAGGGUUUUUCUGAGAGGGGUAAAUUAUGGUGGCGAGGCCUUGCACGCAUGUUGGAAGAUAAAGGUUACAUAAGGGAAGGGGAUGAUUUGGUCCGCGUAAGUAUAAAAUAUCCAAAACCAACAGAGCUGGGAAUGAGGUUCUUAGAAGCCAAAGAAGAUCUUUAUGUGUACCCUGAAGCAGAUAUGCUUCUCUCUUUGCAAAAUCCAACAACAUCAACAUAUGCUUCAGAAUGGGCUCGAGGAUGGGCCAAUCCAGAGAUCCGGCGCCAACGUAUCCAAAGCUUAAAGAGGAAGAGAGGCGGGAGGAAAAAAUACCCAAGAAAGAAGAAAGUAGAUUUAAAAACAGUUAGAGGAAGACUCAAAGCAAAACUAGUGAAGAAAAUUUAGUAAACCAAGAAAUCAGAAACUAGUUAUGAUAUGAAGAUUGGGAAUGCAUGAUUCGGAGCAAAACGUGAAGAGUCAAGGCAUAAGUCAAAGAAAAUUGUCAACGGGGAAGGAUCAGAGAGCGGAUACUCAAUGACCCAAGAAGCAUCAUCUUUGGAUCUGGCGACGUAGUCGCUAAAAGACACUAUUGGUUUUUCCUAAAGGUUGUUAACUAACCUAGAGUAAGAGGCCUCGGUUUUGCCUGGUGAUAAUCUUUGAUGAAGUACCAAAACAUUUCAUUAGGAGUGAUAUAGGCGAGUCCUCAUUAUCUUCUCUCUGCCACAAGAAGGGCUCAGCUGAAAGGCUGUGUUGAAACAUUGGUUUAAGGUGGUCCUAUGUCAUAGACUUGUACCAAGAGCUGUUGGCCUGAACAUGUGAGUCUUGAUCUCCCUUCUUGGAGGACAUGUUUCUGACUUCAAGUAUGGUGAAGCCCGUCAGUAGAUCUUUGAGAUUUCUGUGGGUUCCUUGCAUGUGGCCUUUCGGGAUUUGGAAGUCAAGAAUCCCCAUUCUUUUUAGAGUGUCCCGAAGGGCUUUUAUAUUUCCUUCCAUUUUGAUUAACUAAGCCGUUGGCACAAGAAUGGCUUAGCCGGCCAACUGGUUGCCUGUCAUGGACUGGUAUAUUUGGUGGGCUGACAGGCUAGGUUGCCCCAUAUAUUGGGCAUGGGGAAACGACCGGGCCGAAUAUGUUGGUUGUUGGUCAUGUGGUUACUAAGGUUGUUGAGUUUAAUGAGCCCACCUUCCAGCGUUUGUAUAGCAUAUAACCCUGACUCGCCAAGUUGUGUAAUAAAACUUGGUGUAUUGGAUC